UUGAUUGUAUACACCUGUGUGCAUGGAGGGGAUUGAACACCUGAAUCACAUGAUUGGGAGGGGAUUGGAGCACCUGAAUCACAUGAUAUGGAGGGGAUUGGAACACCUCUGAAUCACAUGAAUUGGGAGGGGAUUGGAACACCUGAAUCACAUGAUAUGGAGGGGGGAUUGGAACACCUGAAUCACAUGGUUGGGAGGGGAUUGGAACACCUGAAUCACAUGAUUGGGAGGGGAUUUGGAACACCUGAAUCACAUGAUGUGGAGGGUAUUGGAGCACCUGAAUCACAUGAUUGGGAGGGAUUGGAACACCUGAAUCACAUGAUAUGGAGGGGAUUGGAACACCUGAAUCACAUGAUAUGGAGGGGAUUGGAACACCUGAAUCCAAUAUAUUCCUAGAUUGUAAG